UCUGCAGACGUCCUGCCAGCUCCGAGCCGACAGUCCGAGGGCGGCAGCCGAGGACGGUGGAUCACAUACUGGCUCAGUGUCCGUGUCACCAUGUCGGCCCUCAGCAGCCGGCUGGCGACCCUCCUGACUUUGGCCGUGCUCAUCGUGACGGCCGGCUGUGACGAUGGCAAGUCCAUCCCCCUAGAUGAAUACGUACAACGGUUGGUGCAUGAUGAACUGCAGUCCAUCGUCAGCACGCUGCAGUCAGGAACGGAACCUCUGGAGAAGAGGAUGGAGGCUCUGGAACGCAGAAUGGAGGAGCUGACCAGCCGACUGGACAGCCAGCAGACUCAGCUGGACGAGGCACAGACGUCUCAACUGGCUACAAGACUCGACAGCCAGCAAUCGCAAUUGAGCGAGCUCAACACCCAACUCAACGAACAAAAAACGACUCAGCGUGAGGCUUCAAUCAGAAUGGAUAGCCUGACCUCCCAGGUUGACAUUCUAGGAUCCAAGCUGGUCGGAGCCAUCAACAACACAUCAUCCCAACAGGAGCGUAUUGAUGACCUAGCUGCUACGGUAAACCAUCACCAUCCUCCCCGUGAUUGCAGCGACCUGCCUGUCGACUCCCCAUCUGGUGUAUACCUCCUUCGGCCCAGUGGUAACAUCACACAACCACCCGUCGAGGCCUACUGUGAUAUGGACACCGCCGGAGGGAACUGGACGGUGUUCCAACGACGAGAUGAUAUCCAGCCCCACCAGGACUUCUACCUCGGAUGGACUGACUACAAGGAGGGCUUUGGUAAUGUGACCAAAGAAUUCUGGUGGGGCUUAGAGCACCUGUUUCAGCUGACGUCAUCAGGCCGACAGUACGAACUACGUAUUGAUCUUGAGUCGUUUGACGGUAAUCGAUCAUACGUUUUAUACCAAGGGUUCCGUAUCUCGUCUUAGCUGGACGGCUACAGACUGAGCUAUACCAACUACUCUGGAACUCCCAGGGAUAGUCUGAGGUUCAGCGUCAAUAAGAAGUUCUCUACCCGUGACCGUGACCAGGACGGCGACUCUGACAGUCACUGUGCACAGGACCAUCAGGGGGCCUGGUGGUACGGCAGGUUGUGCGGGUUGAGCAGCCUGAACGGACGGUACCUGGACGGCGGUGAUGAGGACUGGACUGGAAUAUGGUGGUGGGCGUGGAGGGGAUUGGAGUCACUGAAGAAGACCGAUAUGAAGAUCAGACCAACGUACUAAUCUACACACCAAGGAGGACAUCACAGUGGUGUAGAUAUCCCGGUUACAUGUGUACCGAGCCAGUGUCACGGUAUUUACUCGAACACUAACACUGUAGUAUGGGUUAGAGUGUGAAGUUCUUACUUACUUACUCACGUGAUGUACGAGGGUGCCACUCGGCGCUUUUCUGCGGACGAAAAGUAUGAUGUGCAAUUAUCUAUACAUAAUACACAUCUCUCUCUCUCUCUCUCU